AUGUUGGUGAAACUUUACAAAGACUUUCCAAUUCUCAGAUGGAUGAAUUUAGAUGGAUGUCAAGCUGCUAACUCCAGUAAAACAACAAUUUUGCCAAUUUAUAUAACAAUAAAUGAACUACCUCCAUAUUUACGAUUUAAGAAUAUGCUACUUAUUGGGUUAUGGGCUGACAAUUGCGAACCUUAUAUGAAUAUCUUUUUGCAGCCAUUUAUUAAAUUAGCUAACGAAUUAUCAACUGUUGGAUUUACAUUACGAUUACCAAAUCAUGGCCUAACUAAUACGCCGACAAAUCGCCGUCGGUCCGCGCGCCACGGUCUCUCACCAAGCGAAUGUUGGGCACCAGGUGCAGCGGGCUGCACCAUUCACCAACACGAAUUCUCUAACCACCAAGAGUUCGGUGACCGCGACGCGAGAGUCCAACGGGACCGCUGUUGUGUUGAUUCUGUUACUAGGGCAGCAAUAUUAAAUAUGAAACAAUUCAACGGCUGGUAUGGAUGCACUUUUUGCGAACAUCCAACAGAACGUGUAGAUAAUCAGCAAAAAUAUCCAAUGUUACAUUUUACUCUAUGCAAUAGAACAGAUGCAUCAAUAAAAAGAAAUAUGAUAAAUGCAUACUCAAUGAAUAAAAGAACAAGGAAAAAACAAGAUUUUAAAGGAGUAUGGGGUCCGUCAUGUCUUAUUAAUCUGAAAUAUUUUGAUUUAGUUAAAGGUAUGGUAUCAGAUUAUAUGCACAGCGUUCUGUUAGGUGUUAUGAAACAGUAUACUGAAAUUAUUUUAUCACCACUAAAUAAUAACAAAGAAUUUUAUGUAGGAACACCAUCUCAUAUAGAUAUAAUAGACAAUACUUUAAUGAAAAUAAAAAUCUCUAAAUUAAUUACACGAUAUCCUAGAAGUAUAAAAGAAAGAAAUUUAUAAAAAGCAUCUGAAUGGCGAAACUAGUUAAAUUGGUAUAGUUUGAUUGAUCUAAAACCAAUAUUACCGUCAAAAUAUGUAAAACAUUUAGCUUUGUUAAUUAUUGCUAUUAAUAUAUGCUUGCAAAAGUCAAUAACGUUACAAAUGAUUGAAUGUGCACAAAACUUAUUAGUGAAAGUUAUUAGUUAUUAG